CAAGAUCAGACAAAUGAUAACAAAGCCAACUGCUCUAUAAAAGGGUUUGUUGGACACCCCAAGUCCACAAGUCCACAAGUAGUCGUCUUGCUGGCAUCAUGCGUCCUCUGCCCAAACUUCUGCUUUUUCAAGUUCUGACAUGCCUUGGACAAAAUGUUCUUGGGGAUGAAAUCAUAAAUGGGCAAAUAGCCGCGGAGAACUCGAUGCAGUAUAUGGUCUCGCUGCAGAACAGCAGGGGUCAUCAUGUCUGUGGAGGAUUCCUUGUCAGUGAAGACUUUGUGCUUACUGCUGCGCACUGUGAUGAACCGACACCUGUUUCAACUGUAGUCUUUGGCACCCACAACCUAAAGAGGGUUACGAAUAAAAACAGAAGACAAAUUGUAAAGAGGUACAAAGAUCCACUAUAUUGGAAUGUAGGAUAUGGUAAAGACAUCAUGCUCCUCAAACUGUCUCAGAAAGUUCAACUGGGCAACAGCGUGCAAACAAUUCCACUUCCCAAAACAGAAAUGAACAUACCAGAAAAUGAAAAUUGUCGUGUAGCUGGAUGGGGUUUUACUCGAACUGGUGGCACAGUUGUUGAUGAACUGAGAGUGGUGGACGUGUCGAUCAUUCAGCAGCAGGUCUGUGCGAGGGAGUGGUACGGGUACGGGUACAGUCUUCCUGAUAAUGUUAUCUGUGCUGGUGGAUAUGAAACAAACAAAGGAUUCUGUCAGGGUGAUUCUGGUGGUCCUCUGGUGUGGAAGGGGGUGGCGGUUGGUAUUGUGUCCUUCAACAAGCAAGCAAACUGUAACUACUCAGAUGUACCCAAUGUUUAUACGGACAUCUCAAAAUACCUUCCCUGGAUCAAGAGCAUCCUCAAAAGGCACUGGAAGGUGUGGAUUACACCAGAAGCCAUGACAAUCAGCCUCGUACUACUGCUGCUCUUCGUCCAGAAUGGAGUCGAUGGUUCUCGUAUCGUUGGAGGCAGAGAAGCCGCCCCUCACUCGCGCCCCUACAUGGCCUCGUUGCAGGUCAGAGGUCGGCUGAACUGUGGGGGAACCCUUGUGAGAGAAGACUUUGUGCUCACAGCAGCACAUUGUCGGAUUCCUGUACCAUACACAGUUAUACUUGGAUCCGAUUCCCUGUCUGGUAAUGAGCCAACGAAGCAGGAGUUCACUACUGUCAGGUCCAUUCCACAUCCCAGCUAUGAUGGACAUGCAAACGACAUCAUGCUCCUGAAGCUCAACGGCAGGGCCCAACUGAAUGAUGCAGUGCAGCUGAUUUCUCUGAAGAAGGGUAGGCUGAAUACAUCCAAGUGCAUCACAGCAGGCUGGGGGGAUGUGGGGGAUAACAACACCUUACCAGCCAGGCUUCAGGAGGUCAACGUAACCACCCUCUCACAGCAGACCUGCCGCAGGAGGUGGCGAGGUGUUCCCAUAACCAGAACAAUGGUUUGUGGCGUUGGGGAUGGCAUCGCUAAAGGCUUCUGCUCGGGGGAUUCAGGUGGGCCACUGGUAUGUGACGGAGCUGCAGCAGGUGUCGUCUCCUUCUCUGGACGGCAAUGUGGAAAUCCCAGGACCCCUGAUGUCUACACGCGCAUAUCAUCCUUCAGCGACUGGAUUACAAGUGUGCUAAACAGCAACUAGGCAAAUUAGACUAAAUGCAAUGGGUUAAUAUGAUGAAUUGAGAUGUACUUUCCAAGACGAGGCUCUAAACAAACAUCUAGUGUUAUGUCAUUAAAUAGCAGAGCUGUGGUUGUUGAGAUUAGGUAGGUUAUGCUUUUCUCACACCCACUUUUGCUUUCCUUUAAAUUAUAUGCACUCAAAAUGGAUCAGGCAAAACUCCUAUCAAUACAAAGUUUUUUUAAGUAUACUUAGGUGAGUGUAAAAAUAACCUGAAAAUAAAAAUGGCAGAGUCCCACACACUUGUUUUGAGAAUAUGUAUGAAACAGUGACACCACCUGUACACAAUGAAUAAAAGCAUGAAUUCUGUGGUCAUAA